GUAAAACACAAUUAAUUCGCUCUCCAUAAAAGAAGAAGACAAACAUCUCACAAAAACAAGCAUGGCUGGGAAUGUGAGCGGCGCUGCGGGAUCAAUAAGUUCUCUGUCUAAGCUUCAGUCUUUAAAUGGAUUGUUCGCCAUAUAUAAGAAACAAGGGCCGACAUCUGCUGAUGUGUUAAACAAGUUCAAAGAGACUUUGCUCAGAGAGGCGGGAGUGCAGAACCCAAACAGCAGAAAGAGGAAGAAGCAGUAUCUGAAGAUGGGCCACGGAGGGACCCUGGACAGCGCCGCCAGCGGGGUCUUGGUUGUCGGUAUUGGGAACGGGACAAAAAUGCUCAGCACGAUGUUGACUGGUUCAAAGAAAUACGUGGCUGUGGGAGAGCUGGGAAAAGCAACAGAUACUCUUGAUGCCACUGGAACGGUGGUCAUGGAGAAAGAGUUUGAGGACAUAACCAGGCUGGACAUGGAGGAGAAGUUAAAAGCUUUUACCGGUGACAUCAUGCAGGUUCCUCCACUCUUCUCUGCUCUGAAGAAAGACGGCCAGCGUCUGUCUGUGUUGUUGAAGAAAGGUCACCAGGUGGAGGCCAAACCUGCACGCCGCGUCACUGUGCACAGCCUGACUCUGCAGGAGUUCAAACCUCCUCUCUUCACUCUCGAUAUCGAAUGCGGUGGAGGGUUUUAUGUCAGGAGCCUGGUGGACGACCUGGGGAAAGCUCUGUCGUCGUGCGCUCAUGUGAAGGAUCUGGUGAGGACGAAGCAGGGCCAGUUCACCCUCCAGGAUCAUGUGCUGCAUGAGGAGCAGUGGACGCUGCAGAGCGUUGUUGGGGCGCUGCAGCCCUGCCCAGAGGAGGACCAGAGGACGGACUCUCCCAGAUCCCAACAGACUCCUACCUAACAGCUGGCAGCAGGCAAAAGGAAGAGCCGUUUGGUGCCAUCCUCUACCUGCUUUGUCCUCCAGACAGAAGAUCAGAUGUAGACAUCUGAGAUCGUUUGGUUUGUUUAGUGACUGGUGGCAGAAAACUGACUGAUGGUAAAACCAACAUCGUUCUCCUGGAGGUCAGUGGACUAGUCUGAACUGCACUGACUCUGCUUUUUGCUGUUGGUUAAAUAUACUUAUUGCUUUCGUUGAAGGUGCAGUUUAACUUUUAUUUGUUAAAACUGCCACCAUGUAGGGACAGUUUGAGAUAACCUGAAAAGAUCAAUCUCCACCUCCUCCCUGAGAUACUAUUGAUCUGCUGAAAUGCACCCUUCCUGACCUAAAACAGCCAAUUAGAGCUAGGAGGCGGGUCUUAGCGCUAUCAAUGAAUAUCAUUGCUUGCUGAUGAAUGCGCUAAUGGUGGGAGAAAUGACUUUACCUGCCACACAGUGCCACAUGAAAUUGUGAUUGACAACAAUAAGACCCUCCUGGGUCUGAUUGGUUUUUGGGUUGUUGUUUUUUUUUUCUCUGUCUCAUAUUGUCAUGACAUGGUGACAGUUUAUAUUAAUAUUACAAACUUAGAGCCUUGGGGACCAUUGUCCUCAUUGAACCUUUUCAUUUCACAGCAUCAUUCAAAUUAAGGUUAUCUACUGUCUUGCUGUAAUAAAUGUCUCCACAAGA